AUGGCUGAUCCAAAUUCCUCCUCCUUAGCUGAGGCAGUAAAACAAGUAGCGCAGCAACAGCACUCCCAGGCCUCUGAGGUAGAGAAAAGCAAGGCCAUUCUUGGACAGCUGCAGACUCAGCUCCAGGACUUUGACACCCAAAUAAAUUGGUUUGUAACUGAAACAAAGGCAGUAGAAAGGCAAAUUUGUCACCAAGAAGAAGCUAUAACAGCUACAGACAACCACUGUGAAGCACUGCAAAUGCAGAUCGCAACUCUGUAUGCUGAAAACUUAAGGCUGACGUUUGACAUAGAAGCAUUGCAAGAAGAGUUCAAAAUGCUGCUGCUAAGAAACGAGGCCUACAGUGAGAACAUCAGAGCUCACAAAUGCCGAUUUGAGGAGGCAGAAAGCAAAUGGCCACUUAUGGUUGAGGUUGCUAACAAAAGAGCUGCAGUCAAAGACCUGAUUGCCAGGAAGGAGGAAUUAAUGUCUGCUUUGCAGAAUCCUGAAGGAAAUGCUGCUAACUCAGUCCGGGAUGAAAUUGCAUGUUUAGAAAGUGAAAUUAAUGUAUUGAAAGAAGCUGUCAGUCAAAAGCAAAAUACACUCCAAGUUGAAAAAAAUAUUCAAGCUAGGCUACGAAAGGAAAUUGAGGUGGAGAAUAAAAGGUGUGGCGCUAUCCUAAAGCGUUUGCGUUGCCAAGUGAAUAAAUUGCAGGCCAGCCAAAGGCAGGGCCGUUGGAACGUUUGGCAGAUGGAAGGCAGAGUGGCAGAACUGAGGAAGCUCCUUGGAGUGGCUGACUGA